AGAAGAAUUCGACCCUCCUCUUUCGGAGGAGGGAGAAAGAGGAGAGAGGGUGUGAACUGAAGGCAAAGCGAAGCAAAGUGAAGGGCGAGGUAAGCAAGACGGCAAGAGCGAAUCCAAUCGAGCCCAAGGCGAUGGAGCAGCAGGGCGCGGGCGCGGACGGCGAGGUGCCGGCGGGGCUGGGGCUGACGGCGGCGGAGUACGAGCAGCUGCGGUCGACGGUGGAAGCGCACCACCGCUACGCCGUGGGGGCCGGCCAAUGCUCCUCCCUGCUGGCGCAGCGCAUCCACGCACCGCCGUCCGCUGUCUGGGCCAUCGUCCGCCGCUUCGACUGCCCGCAGGUGUACAAGCACUUCAUCCGCAGCUGCGCGCUCCGCCCGGACCCUGAAGCCGGCGACGCGCUCCGCCCCGGCCGCCUCCGCGAGGUCAGCGUCAUCUCCGGCCUCCCCGCCAGCACCAGCACCGAGCGCCUCGACCUCCUCGACGACGCCUCCAGGGUCUUCGGCUUCUCCAUCACCGGCGGCGAGCACCGCCUCCGCAACUACCGCUCCGUCACCACCGUCAACGAGCUCGCGGGCCCCGGGAUCUGCACCGUCGUGCUCGAGUCCUACGUCGUCGACGUCCCCGACGGAAACACCGAGGACGACACCCGCCUCUUCGCCGACACCGUCAUCAGGCUCAACCUCCAGAAGCUCAAAUCCGUCGCCGAGGCCAACGCAGCCGCCGCCGCCACCAACUUCGUCCCUCCGCCGGAGCCGGCGGAGUAGCGGCGGCCGGAAUGAGCAAGUGAAGAAAGCAACAGCAAGUUUUGGGCAUUUCUGUAAUUUCGCUUCAUUGGGAAGGGUUUCUCUGAAUUGAAUCUGAUCAUGGAUGGACUCGGACAGGACAAGGGGGGAUCAGCUUGAAUUAGGUGUCAUUGCAAGGGUGCUGCUACGUGUAAUAAUCUCCCUUUCUUCUGCUGGAUUCCUUCCGUUCUUACUUAUUCCGGAAUUUGGUUAAUUUCAGCUUUAUGUGAUUGGAAUGAUUCCUUAGGAAUUGCAGCUUCUCAUA